AUGCCUUACGCUCCAGCAUACCAUGACCUUCCCAAACCUGGUGUCCUGAGGUCUCUCAAAGAGUUUAGCUCAGAAUUGAUGCAUGGCGAGCCGGGUCCUUGGGGGGUCCUGUCAUCGGCAUUCCGACUCCAGGUUGUCAGAGUCGUAGACCAGGUCUUACUCGUCAUGGUGCCGCACCAAGCCACAUGGGAAUCUGAUGGUUGUGACAUGCAGCGUUUGAGGAGUGGUGUGGCCCCAUCCGACAAGAUCUUGGUCGAGGUUGCAUACGUCGCCCCUGACGGUUCCAAGCAAUGGCAUCACCGUUUGCCUGUGGCUAAAGCUCGGCCAGACGAAAGCCAGGCAGGUUGA